AUGUGGGUCCCACCACGAAAACAAGUCUUGGCAUUUCGCUCCAACUAUGUGCGAUUUUUCGACAAAAAAUCAUUCUCGGAUGUUGCCCUUCGAAACGUGACCUGCGCGACUGAUCGAGUGGACUAUGUAAGUCAAAUUUGAUAUUUCUAGUAAAUGUAAGUGUAUAUUUGGGACAUUUAUGCUUAAUAUUGUUUUUCAGGAUUUAUUGAUGAUGAACAGCAAGAGAGAACGUUUCUGGAGGUGUAGAAACAUUUGGACGAUGGGAAGUACCGGAUAG